CUUUUGUAGCCAUAAUUAAAGUGUCAAUAUCAGUAAAUCUUAUUAAAAUUUUGUUUUUAUUAUUUAUUUUUUUCUGUUUUCUUUUGAAAAUUUCUAAGCGUUUAAAUUUGAAAAUUCAAAAACCGUUAUAGUAAACUUAACGUAUUUGGUAGCAAAAAAAACUGAAACAAUAGUUUCAUAAAGUUAUUAAAAAUAUUAUUAAGUAAAUGUAUAAAUUUAAGGCGUUGAGGUUAAGUAAAUUAAGGAUUAUAGGAGAUUUUAACUUUUUUAUUUAUAUUUUAAAGGAAACAAGUAGUGUGCCCCGUUAUUUCAGUUUGUUUCCCCUUAAUUUCAAAAUGGAGGACGAAUUGUAUCAUGUUUUUCAAAACUGUUUUAAUAAAAUUGCUAAUAAACAGCCAGGUUCCGAAAAACCAUUUCCAAAUGCAUAUGCAGCAAUGGAAUCCGUUGGCUUACAAUAUGGCGCAGAUGAGUUUGUUGAAGGACCUCCAGUCGUGAAUGUAAAUGAUCCCAAUCGUUAUACAUCGCCCAAAUCUAGCGCAAUUUAUGCACCUGAAAAUUUUUAUGACUCAGCCAGUGGUUCUUGGUACUCGCCGGCGGCAACAUCAGGCCAAAAUUAUGCACAGUCAUCGACAGCAGGAAAUUAUCAUAAUGUAAAUCACACACCUCAUAUGGCACAACAUGAAUCGCACUAUGGAAUGUCACCGCACAUUGAAGCACCGCCUCAUAUGAGCACGACACCUCAACCAUUACCGCCAAUGAGCUCUUUUCGGGGCAGUAGUAAUGGAUCAACACCAACAACUAAUCCAGCACUUUAUAAUCCCACACUUAGUCAUCAGCACAAUUUGCAAAAUGACACAUUAGUUGGAAAAGCACUUCAAACGAUGUAUCCAAAUGAUCAAAGCAUCAGCAGUUAUAGUUCCAAUCCAUCAACACCCGUCAAUUCUCCGCCACCUCUAACACAAACGCCAGGCACUUCACUAGCUAUUCACAAUUCUACACCAAGCACUUCAUGGCAACAAUUGACACCAGCCAAUGUUGUAAUUAACAACAAUCCAACAACAACUCCUGUAUUAAAUGGUAUUCAAAACGGACAAUAUGGCGCAUCUGAUUUGGUCCAUCGCGGUUUGCACAUGGCCAAUCAGCCAGAAUUAUUGGAUGAAGCAUUCGUUAUGUUGCGUGAUCAGGCCGAAAAUGCUACGGGUACACGUAUGGAGGAGCGUUUAGAUGAUGCUAUAAAUGUUUUACGAAGCCAUUGUGAGCCACAACUUAAUAUGUCAAGCGGAAUGGAAUCAAGCAUUGGAAACCAAUUUGCAAAUGUACCUACACAACCUCAAAAUGCAGACGGGCCUGGACUUAGUCAAGCCCCAAUUCCACAAGAUUUGCCAAUUGAUUUGCCAGUUAAAGUUGAACGCCCUUCCGUACCUUCUGCUUCGAAAAAACGAAAGGAACCGCCAGAUUCAGAUACAAAGCCAAGCAGUAGUUCAAUGGAUGGGGGUGCAUCAAAUAAAGCGAAUGGACAGAAAAGACAAAGACGAUACAAAACAUCCCAUAAUAGUUGCUCGAGUGGUGAAGACGACGAUGACGAUCUACUUGAUCCAAGUGAAAAAGAUCGAAAGGAGAAAGAGCGGCGACAAGCAAAUAAUGCUCGAGAGAGAAUAAGAAUUCGUGAUAUAAAUGAAGCCCUCAAAGAGUUAGGAAGAAUGUGCAUGUCACACCUAAAGUCUGACAAGCCACAAACAAAACUCGGUAUUCUUAAUAUGGCAGUAGAAGUUAUCAUGACAUUAGAACAGCAAGUUAGAGAGAGAAACUUAAAUCCAAAAGCUGCAUGCCUAAAGAGAAGAGAAGAGGAGAAAGCUGAAGAUGGUCCCAAAAUUCCACAGCAUCAUUUAUUACAACAAGCUCCCUAUCCUGCUUUGCCAGGUCCACCACCAAAUCUUCCACACAAUCAGACAGGCCAACAAUAGCAUUUUGAUAUUUGGUGAUAAAAUAAUUUGUAAGAAAAAAUUUAAUAAUGUUUCAAAAUGAAAGAUUAUAUAUCAAUAAUUCAUUUAUAUCAGAGAGAAAUGCAGUUCAUAAAAAAGAGAAUUAGACAUAAAGUAUCAAAAAACAAAAAAAUUCAAUAAUAGAAACUACAUCACAACCGAUAUUUUUUGAUAACAGUGAAAAAAAGAGAUAAACAGUGAAUUCAAUUUGAUUUCAAACAAGUUAAAAGAAGAUUAAUUUUAAAGUAUAAAAAAAGUGGAAGAAAAAUUUAUAAUUUUUACAACUUGAAGAAAAUGUAUAUAGCUUAAUUAAUUAGAUUAUAAGAAGGAGAAAAAAGUGAAAAAUCUUUUUUCGUAUUCUUUUUUUCACUCUCUUGCUCUAUAUGAAUGAAAUUAGCAUAAAAAAAAAUCGUCGACUUGUGAAUAUCUUCCCUUGUUCGAGCAGUAAAUUGAUUAGCACUAGCUACCUACGGUCUUCUGAAAUUAAAACUUUCUAAGAUGGUUAGACAAUCCCGAUAAACAAUCACAUCUUCAGAAAGAUAGUUUCAGCCAAUAAGUGUCAAUAUCUUCUCGUGUAAAUAAUUUUGGCCGGUAAAAAUUUAAAUUUUUAAAAUUGAAGCUAGCUUCAUGAUAUUCAUCAUAUUACAUGUAAUAGUAUUCAAGUUUUAAAAUACCGUUAAAUUCUGAAAAGGACUUGAUAUUUUUUGCAUGAAAAGAUUUUGAUCAUAAACGCAUGACGUUCACUAGAGAGUAACUUCUUGAAUGUCAAUAGUUUAAAAUCCUUUACGAUACUUAUUGGUUCCAUCAAUGCCAAAUAUUGUAAUUAAAAUAGCCUAUCUAAAUUUGCCAGUCAAUCAAAGUGGUUGUAUUCAUCGGUCCGUUCAAAAAGGGAAAAUGUGCGCAAAGAUCAUGAAAAAAAAAAAGCUUUGAAGAAUUUUCGCUAUUUGAUCAUUAUUGAGGAUAAUGAAAAUUAUUAAUUAUAUUAUGUUUUCUCUUCUUAGAUUAUAAUUUUUCAACUUACGACUAAAUAAUCUUUCGUCUUCUAUAAAGAAGAACUUCCAAUUGAAAUGAUUCGAUGAUUCUUCUUUUAAAAAAAAACUCUUUAGUAUAAAAUUGUGUAAUUCCAUUUUUAAUUUUGAAUUAAUUUUACUUAAUUAAAGUGAGAUAUAAUGAUGAAAAAAGAUAGAAAAUAAUUGAGAAUAACUUUACUUAAUAUCAUUUACUUAAGCAUUAGUUCAUCUUUCCAACACAUAUCUCUUGGGAUAGAUUUUGGUUUUGUUCCUCAAUUUCAUCAACUUUGUUUAACUUUUUUCCUGCUGUAUAACUUUCUCAUCACGGAAAGUUUUUUUAAGCGAUUCCAUUUGACAUUGCUCGCAGUUUUGCUCAAAAUGAUUUUUUUUCUCAAUUUCAGUGCCAUUAACUUCAAGUUCAAAUAAUUAAUUAAAGAAAUUGCGAAAUUGUUUGUGAAAUCGAUGAAACUUUUCCUGGUGAAUUAGUUUUUGGCUAUAAGGAAGAGCUGUUAUUUAGCAUAUGCUUGUGAAUAAGAAGUGAAAGAGUUUGGAGAACUUUUUGACAAUGGUUAAUUUUGUGUCUAAGAAAGUAUCUUUACUUAAAUUGCUUAAAUAAUUAGCUUGCUAUUUUACAGCUCAGAAUUUUAGUAAAAUUUACUACAACAUAUUAAGUAGAAAAUAGGUUGAUUAUAACAUUUAAAUAAACCAUGUGCUUAGUUUUCAAAUUAUUGUCAACUUGGUCAUCACUUAAACUUUUUGAGAUUACUUUGGGAUCCAAAACAUUCGUAAUAGUGAAUUUUACUAUUUUACUAAAGUUAAACAGACUUGAUGAAGGUAUUUUGAGGAUCUAUAAACAAACAAGCAUGAAAUUGAAUGAAAAUAAGAACUUGAAAUGUUUUCGACCAAAGCUUUUUGUCUAAUUCAUAUGUCCCCAAUAUUAUUUUGAUUUUUUAAAAAUCACGUGCAGUAUUUAUAUGCAAUUUGAAUUUUUGUCGUUUCGAGGAUUUUUUUUUCUUAGUUUGAAUUUUUCAGCACAAUCCCAAAGCCAUGGAUUGUUUGCUGUUUGUAUAAUUUUAUUUCAUUGUUUUACAUUGAAUCUUUGACAAAAUGCAAAGAAGAUAAAAGAGAAUGAGAGACAAAAGUAGACACAGCGAAGGCUUGUAAUUUCGAAUAAUAAUUAAGUAAAUCGGAAUUACGACCUCUUCUCUGUCAAUCUUUACCUCUAAUUAAAUUACUUAAAAGACGAUAAUUUAUUUUUUUACGUUUAUUAUUUUUUGUUAAAACAAUUGAAAUCAGCGAGAAAAUUCUUCAGCUAUGACACACUACAACGAUGACAACAAAGAGACGCGAGUUAUUCUUUGACAUGAAAAUGAGUUGUACAUUGCAUUAAGUUAUGCUACUAGCCUAGAAAGUGAUUAAUUUCUGGUAAUUACAUUGUGAUCUGGAAGUUGUAAUACUUUCAUGUAGUUCUUACCAUAACUGUCACUAAAAUUAUUGCCUACAGACAGGAUCAUGUAUUAUUUUGAUCAGGUUGCAUAUUUUUUUUAUAUAAAAGGUCCCUUAAAUAACGGUAAUUUUUUUGAAUUUUCAUUAUUGAAGCCAACUUCAAGUCGUACCAAAAGCUUUUUUGUUUUUAAAAAGAGCUUUUUCAGGAUCUGCGAUCUCAUUUUCAUGUCAUUAGGAUGUUUUAAUUUAAAAGAUAGUAAAAUGAAUGAAAUUAUAAGAAAAAUGUGAGAGAAGGAACUAAAAUGAAAAAAAAAAAUCAGAUAUAAGUUAAGGAUUAUAAAUGAAAGAAAAGUAACUAAAUUAAAUAUAAUUAGGAAUGAUAAUGAUUCAAUUUCAUUAUAAAAAAAAGAAGAAAAAAAAUCAAUUUAUAUUUUUAAAUUCAUGAAUGAUAAGCCCUUGAGAAUAAUGCGGAAAAGAAGAUAUAAGGAAUAAUAUGAAAAAAUUUAUAGUUAAAAGGCAUUGUGGAAGCGAAUUCUCAUUGAUAAUAAAAUAUGAAAUUAUGAAUUCAUACUCUAAGACGUGCUCAUAUCGUUUUUAUUUCAAAUUAAUUAUAAUUAUUAAUAAAAUGAUGAAAUAAUGUCGGAAAUGAAGAAAGAAAUUCUUAACGAACGGAAGAAUGAGUUUUCGCAACCACUUAAAUCAUCAUCCAAGUGAAUGAGAAAAUCCAUUUUAAAGUGAAAAAGAAUAAUAAAUGCUAUAAAUCUGGAACCUAAAAUAAUUUUUAGUAUUAUAUAUUAUACAAUAAAAACAUUAUAAUAAAAAUGAUGAAAAAC